AUGUGGAACUUAUAUUUUUCAGCAGUUUCGUCACCUCCCUUCGCAUCGGAAGAGAAGAAGAAACCAAACCAAAAACGACGAGUCAAAAAAGAAGAAGAAGAAAACAACAAGAAGCCACAUCCGGACUGCAGUGUGUCGAGGAGAUCGUCGAAGGAGAUUGAAAUGGCAGGCGUUGGUGAGGCGGUCGGUGUUUCAGAGGCUGAUACCAUGCACUGUGGAGGGGAAGGUGAGGGAGAGCUUCGCGGUGGUGAAGAAGUCGGAAGGACUUCAAGAGCAAUAGAAUUAGGUUAA